AUGUCUUCGCCAUUUGUCUUUUUAUUGAUCUUCUUUUGUUUUUCAUUUCCACGCAUCUUUCAAAUUCUUUCUUUCUUUCUUUCUUUCUUUCUUUCUUUCUUUCUUUCUUUCAUUCUAUCUUUGUUUCUUUCGUUCUUUUUUAUUUUGUCACAAAUCAAAUAUGUUAAUUCAUUUCUCUUUGAACAAUUUAUCCAUUCCUCCUUCUAUUAUUGCCAUUCGUUCUUAUUUCCAAGCAUAUGUUAUUUAUUUAUUUAUUUAUUUAUUUUCUUUCUUUCUUUUUUUUCUUUCUAUCUUUUCUUUCUUUGUUUCUUUCUUUUCUUUCUUUCUUUCUUUUCUUUCUAUCUUUCUUUCUAUCUUUUCUUUCUUUCUUUCGUUCUAUCUUUUCUUUCUUUCUUUCUUUUCUUUCUAUCUUUCUUUAUAUCUUUUCUUUCUUUCUUUCUUUCUUUCUUUCUUUCUUUCUACCUUUUCUUUCUUUUGUUUCUUUCUUUGUUUCUUUCUUUCUUUCUAUCUUUUCUUUCUUUCUUUGUUUUCUUUCUUUCUUUCUUUCUUCGUUCAUUCUAUUCAUUUAACUCCUAUUUUUAUUAUAUCUUACCAACUUUCUCCCUGAAUGUCUUCGCCAUUUGUCUUUUUAUUGAUCUUCUUUUGUUUUUCAUUUCCACGCAUCUUUCAAAUUCUUUCUUUCUUUCUUUCUUUCUUUCUUUCUUUCUUUCCAAAUCAAAUAUGUUAAUUCAUUUUAUUUUAAAUAAUUUAGCCUUUCCUCUUUCUAAUGAUUGGCUUUCGUUCUUUCUUUUUUCUUUCGCCACCAUACCUGUUGUUUCGUUUUUACUUUUCUCUCUAUGUCACCAUCACCGUCUCUUUCCCUGUUUCUCUAACCAAGAAGAAAUUAGUGUAUCUGUUAUCUUUAAAUAA